GCCAUCUUACUCGGAUGGGGGGGGGGCUUUAAACGGGCAGGAAAACGGGUUGUGACGGCUAUAAUCGUUAAGUUUUGUAGUAUAGCACCCUCUGCCCAUUCUGAGGUUGCGUUAGUCAUGGCGUUGGGCCGAGUUUAUAACAGAGAGUGAGAGCGCGUAUGGAUAUCUGCACUGGAUAGCCAAAAGCUAGCUAGUCAAGGGGAGUGUUAUUUUUUUCUUUCGCAGCAGAAGUUAUUUGUUUAUGUUAUUCAAUACGGAUAUGUCGUCUUCAAAUCCAGAAUUGGCAGACCUAAAUCUGGGAAUGGGGGCAAGUGGGACCCAAGCAAGUAGCGGAGCGAUUGUACCGAAAGGGACCAACAAAAGACGAGCCCCGUCGGAUUUUGACGACGACGAAGGAAGCAAGUUGUUCAGAGGUGAUGAUGAAACAGGAGGCUCCAGUAAUGACAAAGAGCGCUUUGCUAGGGAAAAUCACAGUGAGAUUGAGAGGCGGAGGCGCAACAAAAUGACUGCCUACAUCACAGAGUUGUCAGAUAUGGUGCCCACAUGCAGCGCACUUGCGCGGAAACCAGACAAACUCACCAUCCUACGAAUGGCAGUUUCCCAUAUGAAGUCUUUGAGAGGAAGUGGUAACACAAAUGCAGAUGGAUCAUACAAACCAUCCUUUCUCACUGAUCAGGAGCUUAAGCACCUCAUCCUGGAAGCAGCUGAUGGCUUUCUGUUUGUGGUGUCAUGUGAGACUGGGCGCAUUGUUUAUGUCUCAGACUCCCUGACGCCUGUCCUCAACCAGCCGCAAUCUGAGUGGCUGGGCUCGUCUCUUUAUGACCAGCUCCAUCCAGACGACAAAGAAAAGCUCAGGGAGCAGCUGUCCACUGCAGAGAAUAACAACACAGGGAGGAUGUUGGACCUGAAGACAGGAACGGUCAAGAAGGAGAGUCAGCAGUCAUCAGCUAGAAUGAGUAUGGGAGCCCGUCGAUCAUUUAUCUGCAGGAUGAGGUGUGGCACAUGUCCAGUGGAACCAAUGUCGAUGAAUAGACUCAACUUCCUUAGAAAUAGAAACAGAAAUGGUUUGGGUACAGCCAAGGAAGGGGAGCCCCAGUACGUAGUGGUCCACUGUACAGGAUACAUCAAGUCUUGGCCCCCAGCAGGUGUAUCGUUAACGGAUGAUGAGGCUGACAACAAUCAGGGGAGUCGCUACUGUCUAGUUGCCAUUGGGAGAUUACAGGUUACCUGUUGCCCAGGUGACACUGACCUCAACAGUAUCAGUGUUCCAGUAGAAUUCAUCUCCCGCCACAAUUGCCACGGCAUGUUCACCUUUGUAGACCACCGCUGUUUGGCUGCUGUGGGCUACCAGCCCCAGGACUUAUUGGGGAAGAAUAUUCUAGAGUUUGCCCACCCUGAAGACCAAGGCUUACUGAGUGACAGCUUCCAGCAGGUGGUGAAGCUGAAGGGCCAGGUUCUGUCAGUGAUGUUUCGCUUCCGCGCCAAAUCAAGAGAGUGGAUCUGGAUGAGGACGAGCUCCUUCACCUUCCAGAACCCAUUUUCAGAGGAGAUUGAGUACAUCAUCUGUACCAACGUCAAUGUCAACAGAAACUCGACCCAGGACCCUCUCACUCCCAUCUCCUCCCCAGGGGCUUCGAUGCCCCCGCACCUGGGUCAGAGCAGCCCAAAUGGCCAUCCUGUUGUGCUCAGCCCAGGGCAGAUAGCCACCAGACAGUUGCAGCAGCAGCAGCAGGCUGACCUGGAGGGAGGAGGGACCAGAGACGCACUGUAUGAGGCUGGACCAAUCACCCUCUCACAGAUGCCGGUCCAGCCAGUGACGGCGGCAGGGCCGGACCACAGUAAAAGCAUAGAGAAGCCAGAGCUCUACCCUUCCCUGUUCCAGGGUCAAGAUCAGACUAAGGGCAUGUCCUCCACCUCCACCUCGUCUACUCAGAUCUACACCAACAACUUCCCCCCCAGUCGCUCCAAUGAUACAUACAGACCAGUUAACAUGAAUCCACAAAUGGCACAGCCAACACACUCAGCAGGGCAGAUGCUGGCUCAGAUGUCUCGCCAAAAUGGAGCCCAGCAGUCGGUUGCCCCGUCAAGCACCAGCAGCCCCCUUCACGCAGGACCAGCAGGAGGAUGGACUGCGGCUGGAGUCAGGCCACAGUUUAAUAACCAGGCAAGACAACACAUACUGCAUCUUAUAAGUCACAGGGAAAAAAUUCUGAUCCAGGUGGCCCCCCAGAUGGCAAAGACCAUGUCUCCACAGUUUCCUCCCAUGGGAGGAUUUGGAGGUGGCUCUUCCAACACUUUUGGCCAGAUGCCCACAGGUGCUGCUCCCACCCAAACCAACGGGGCAAAUUACUCACAAAUGAACCUUCGUGCCAGCCUCAGCACCAACGGUUAUGAUGGCUCUCAGUCUGGAGCCCAGUUCCCCUCUCGUGCAGCAGAGGCAGUUUGGCCUCAGUGGCAAGGCCAGCAGCAUGCUCAGAGUAAUGCUGAGCAGCACCCCCACGCUCAGGGCAACCAGCAGGACAUGUUUCCUGACGUGUUGUCCAUGCUGGACCAGCCGGCCAAUUUCAGCAACGAUGACUUUGAGAUUCCCAUGUACCCACCAUACAACGAAUGAGCUGCUGGAUACUCUGCUGGGUCACCCCACGUCUUCUUCCCUGAUUCUGCCCACGUUUUCUCUUCGGUUCAGAUCCUCCACCCCUCUGCUCUUCCUGCUCCUGAGAGUAGCAUUCUUCCCUUGGUCCGUGUGGCUUUAAUUGCACAACUACAAGCCAGUUAGAGAUGAAGAGAUUUAUAUAUAUAUAUAUAUAUAUAUAUAUAUACAUAUAUGUAUGUAUGUAUGUAUGUGUGUAUGUGUAGGGGAGGAAAAUUAACAGAACAGCUACUGACUAAAAGAUGAUUUUUACAAUAUUUCAGCCAUUGUCAGAGUAUUCUCCUGCUAGUACUGCCCAAAGCACAACAGUUUAUGUUGUAGAUAUGUGAUAUACAGUAUAUAUAAACAUAUAUAAAUGUUUAAAACAACUAAAAAACAAAAAAAGAAAAGCGCACAAUCACUCUUGAAUAGACUGCACAGUAACUCUGGUGAACACGUACACACAAAGGCCUUGUAUUCUGAUGUAUCAGUGGUUUUUCUCAGGCAUCGAUUGAGAGAAUAUUUGGCUGUUUUACCCUUUAGCUUGUAGGUCAAUCCAUCCAGUCAGUGACCCCAACUCUCAGGAAAAAGCAGGGAUACACAUGUUUAGAAAGUUUUUAAUUCCCAGCUGCUGCACGCUGUCCUCACCCUCAGUUUGAAACCCCGCGGCAUGUCUGCAUGACUGACCUUUGACUUUCAAGGACUGCUUCUACGUCAUGUAGAAUUCUAGGAAAAUGAUAUGUACAUGGGUGGCUUCACCUAUAAGUUCUUUUGUGUUUGCUUUUUUUGAGAACAAGUCUCUUUAUUGAAUGAUGUACUUAAAGAACACAUAUGACAGUGGAUACAUGUCAUUUCGUAAGGUGCCGUUUGGUUAAGUCUCCAAACUACAGAAUGCAUGUUUGUGCUUAGAGUUUCUGCAUUGCUCGGUUUAACUUCCCCUCCUUUACCCUGUAGGUGCAAGCUUUUUGUACUUCUUUUGUAAAAGAAAUAUAUGAAAAAAAUCUAUUACAGACAGCAAUAAUUAAGAUGCAGGAGUUGUGUUCUUUUAAAGCCAUUUUUUGGACAUUGUGUCCUUGUUGAAUGAUAUUAUUUUAAGAUGGAUUCAUGCUAGUAAUCUUUGAUUUGAUGGAUGUGUUUUGUAAGUAUUUAGAUCUCUUUGCCUAUUCGUUGCUCGUCUCUGAUUAGUAUUUUAAUGGUAUGAUCAGGGUAUUAAGGAUUCAAAUGGAAAGUUGAAAACAAGUGGACCUACAGUUGAAAAUGUCCAUAAAUAUUUUGUCAGUGUUCUCGUUUUCACUUUUUUUUUCUUUCCUUGCGUGUGACGCUGGGCGAGGACCCAACCUUUGCCAACGAGGUCUGUUUUUUGUAGGUUUCCGUGACGGAAGAAAGGUUGUGCGUCCUUCAUUUUUAACAUGUGUGGAAUUUAAAGUUACAGGCAUCUGAUGACUGUGCGUAGCAUUUGUGACAGAUUAUGUGAUUGUGUGUAGUCUAUUAGAUAACUAUCUGGUUUUCAUUUCCCAGAGGAUGGUAUGUUGGUGAUUGUGUUUGUCUUUGUUUUCUGAAAACCUCUGAUUGCAUCAUUGUAUCCCCCCCACACACACUUUUAGAAACACAUAUAUAUGAAUAUACUGUAUAUGUUUAUGAAAUUUUAAACAAGAGAAAGAAAUGUUUUGUUUUUUUGUAUUAAAUUGUUAUAUUGUCAGCAGUGAA